ACGUCAGCUCGGGGAGGGCGAAGAACAGCGAAGCUGCUUAAAAUGCAGUGAAUGUGACAGUCGAGCGCGAGAGUCCAGACGACAGCGGCGCGCGGACGAGGUGAGCGUGGAAAGUGAGUGAGUGAGGGUGGGGGUGGGGGGGCGCACACCACAACGAUGCCAGCGGAACCAGCUCACCCGCAGACGUGACGCCGGCACACCGACAACAAGAGAGGGGGACGCGCGGAGACGCGCGGCUGGUUCCCCACAUUACGCGCAGGAGGAGGAGGUGUCGGAGCGGACGAAGGCGCGGGCAGCGUCGCCCUGGUCCGGGGGGUCGGAGGUGGUGGUGGUGGUGGUGGGGGGAAGAUGACAGUGGUGCCCGGAGAGAACCUGGAUGAGACUGUGGCACUGGCCGCGCUGUCCGCCCAGGACGUGUACGACCCGGAGCGGGCCGAGUACCAGGAGUGCUGCGAGCGGGUGGUCGUCAACAUCUCCGGGCUGCGCUUCGAGACGCAGCUGAAGACGCUCGCGCAGUUCCCCCGCACGCUGCUGGGGGACCCGCGCAAGAGGAUGCGCUUCUUCGACCCGCUGAGGAACGAGUACUUCUUCGACCGGAACCGACCCAGCUUCGAUGCCAUCCUCUACUACUACCAGUCCGGGGGUCGGCUCCGCAGACCCGUCAACGUGCCGGUGGACAUCUUCAUGGAGGAGAUCAAAUUCUACGAACUUGGGGAGGAGGUGAUCGAGAAUUUCAAGGAGGACGAGGGCUUCAUCAAGGAGGAGGAGCGCCCUCUGCCCGACAACGAGUUCCAGCGGCAGGCGUGGCUCCUGUUCGAGUACCCGGAGAGCUCCGGUCCGGCGCGGGGCAUCGCCAUCGUGUCCGUGCUGGUCAUCCUCAUCUCCAUCGUGAUCUUCUGCCUGGAGACUUUACCCGAGUUCAGGGAGGAGGCGCGGACGUUCGACGAGCAGCUGGCGGUGAACGGAACCGCGCGCGCAGCCAAGAAGCCGAACCCGUUCACGGACCCGUUCUUCAUCGUGGAGACGCUGUGCAUCAUCUGGUUCUCCUUCGAGCUGCUCGUGCGCUUCCUCGCGUGCCCGAGCAAAGCCGCGUUCUUCAAGAACAUCAUGAACACCAUCGACAUCGUGGCCAUCAUGCCCUACUUCAUCACGCUGGGCCUGGUGCUGGCGGAGCACCAGGGCAACGGGCAGCAGGCCAUGUCGCUGGCCAUCCUGCGGGUCAUCCGCCUGGUGCGCGUCUUCCGGAUCUUCAAGCUGUCCAGACACUCCAAGGGGCUGCAGAUCCUGGGGAAGACGCUGCAGGCGAGCAUGCGCGAGCUGGGCCUGCUCAUCUUCUUCCUCUUCAUCGGCGUCAUCCUCUUCUCCAGCGCCGUGUACUUCGCGGAGACCGACGACCCGGACUCGGGGUUCAGCAGCAUCCCGGACGCCUUCUGGUGGGCGGUGGUGUCCAUGACGACGGUGGGCUACGGCGACAUGUGUCCGGUCACCAUCGGAGGGAAGAUCGUGGGCUCGCUGUGCGCCAUCGCCGGCGUGUUGACCAUCGCGCUGCCGGUGCCGGUCAUCGUGUCCAACUUCAACUACUUCUACCACCGCGAGACGGAGCACGAGGAGCAGCUGCAGUACACGCACGUGACGUGCGGCCAGCAGCCGCAGUUCGGGGGAGAGUUCCGGAGGAGCUACAGCAAACCGUCCCUGUGCAAGUCCGACUACCCGGACAGCGACGACGCGGACUCCGUCAAGUACACCAACUGCAGCCCGCACAAGGGCUACGGCGGCAAGCUCACUGACGUGUGACCGGGCGGCGCGCGGAGGAACCUUCCGGUGCCGACAUCCAGACACCCAACAUCCGGUUCGAGUUCAGACUCACGAGCUUCUUUCUGCUUCCAUGAAUCAUUUCAUCAGAGGAUUAUAACUCAUGACACGUGUCUUCCGUUACGCGUCCGUGCCAGAGAGAGAUGAUCCACCUGUUGUAGCACUUUAUCAUUGUUAUUAUUUUUAUAUUAUUAUUAUGAAUGUUCCUCUUAGUAAAGCAGUGACUUAUUGUCCAAAUGAUGCAGGUUCAAAGUUUACAUUUUGCUUUUUCUGUCGAUCAGCAGCAGCAGAGACAGAACAACACACACGCGCACACACACAGACACGCACACACACACACGCACACAGACACACAC